AUGAAGGCCACUUUCAUCAUCGCUCUUUUCGUUGCCGCCGCCGCCGCCGCUCCAGCCACUGAUCUCGCUAGCACCGCAAAGCCCCCAACUGGCUUCAAGCCAUGUGGUGGAAAAUCAGGCAAGACCUGUGCUUCCGGCGAAAUCUGUGUCGGCGAGAAGGCCAUUAAGGGAGGUGUUGGUAUUUGCGUCUCUGAUGCCUUCGAAAACCAAUGUGCCAAUGCUCUCGGAAGCCGCUGCCCACUCGCUACCGACUACUGCAUUGAAGAUCCUCGAAAUGCCGACUGCCCACCUGGAGUUAUGGACUGCGGUAACGGUCUCUGCAUCCGCGAUGCUUGGGCCAAGUAUGCUGGUUUGAAGAACUAG